AACCCAAAUAAAUUAUUAAGUGUAAAAAAUAUAAUAUAAGAGACGAACUUAUCGUUUAGUUUUAGAUUAACAAUGGAUAAAACAAUUUAGUCCUGGGAUUCCCCGGCCGGAAGACGUUAUCAAUAGGAAAAUACUGGUUCAACUAUAAUACAAAAAUAUAAUUUUAUUUCUUUUUCCAUAAAUAUCUUUUUUUUCGAGUGUACGAAAGUAGUAGUUCUGAAAUCAAAAUAUUUUGGUAUAAAUACGGCAGCAAAUUAGUUAGGACAGCAUUGCGACUAACACUAUGAAGAUCCAAGCAUUCCUGACUUAUGUGUUGGCUACAGUGGCGCUAGUUUUUGCUCAUCCUAGCCCUGAAUCCCAUAGAGGUGGUUGUUGCGGUCCUUGGAUAGGCGGAGGUGGCGGAGGAGGCGGUGGAGGUGGUGGCGGUUGGCAAGGCGGUGGCGGAGGUGGUGGUAGCGGAAAGUAAAUUACAUAUAUAGCUUGUGCAAUUUUUUCGAAGCAAUUAAUAAAUUUCACAUAAUCACAGCGAUUAGCAAAUGAGUUAAAUACAAAUACAGUAGUUAUUCCAAUAAUUCAAUAGAAGUAUUUCCAUAUAUUCUAAAAAAGAAUAGAAUUUAGAAGUAUUUAUUUCAUACAUUUGUUUUAAAAUUUACAAGCUGGUGGCAACUCUUUUCGCAAUUAUUUCUAGCUAAACCUUUAAAACUGUUUUACCGAUUGCAUUUUUUAAAUAUUUUGGACUGGUGGCAACUCCAAAUAUCAAAAAUAUUUUAAGCUAUAAGUUUUCUCAAACCCCUUUUGUUAAUUGCAUAUAUCAUAUUGAUUCGCUUAUUUUAGAAAUAUUAUGCAAUUGUAAUAUUAUGCAAUUACCAACCAUUCCCAACGCUAUCCCUUUUCAAAGCUAAGCUUUCUUAAUACGCUGCCUUUCAAUC